AUGAAACUGGAGCAAAGCCUUAUUACAGAUCAAUCUCAAGAAUGGAGACGACAUCCUGACGCACUUCAAUCCUCGACACAAGGUAGAAAAAGGCUACUCACGUCGUAUACUUUUCAAGACAUAUUUCCGAAGACGCCACAGGCAGCGUCAAGCGACAAACUCUUAGUUUUCAACUCGUACUAUAUGGGAAGUUGGCAAUAUGAGGAGCGACCAGAAGCCGUGUUUCCCUUCGAAAAGAAGCACAUAUACACCGUUGAGGUUGUUGCAAGCAGUAACAACAGUACCCUCGUCUACGUCAACGGACAAUUUCUCUAUGAAUUUCGUCAACGCCAGACAGCUUCUGUGUCAACAAUAGAAGUUGGAGGGGAUGUUUACAUCCAUUCCGUUCAACUUAGAUAA